ACACACACCUGUCACACACACCUGUCACUUACACCUGUCACACACACCUGACACACACACUUUUCAGAGACAUGAAGAAAGGUACUAUACACACUCACCUGGCACACACUCACCUGUCACACACACACCCUUCAGAGACAUGAACAAUGGUACUAUACACACUCACCUGACACACACACCCUUCAGAGACAUGAAGAAAGGUACUAUACACACUCACCUGACACACACUCACCUGUCACACACACACCCUUCAGAGACAUGAACAAUGGUACUAUACACACUCACCUGUCACACACACCCUUCAGAGACAUGAAGAAAGGUACUAUACACACUCACCUGUCACACACACACCUGUCACACACACCCUUCAGAGACAUGAAGAAAGGUACUAUACACACUCAUCUGACACACACUCAUCUGUCACACACACCCUUCAGAGACAUGAAGAAAGGUACUAUACACACUCACCUGUCACACACACGCCUGUCACACACACCCUUCAGAGACAUGAAGAAAGGUACUAUACACACUCACCUGACACACACACCCUUCAGAGACAUGAAGAAAGGUACUAUACACACUCACCUGUCACACACACACCUGUCACUUACACCUGUCACACACACCUGACACACACACUUUUCAAAGACAUGAAGAAAGGUACUAUACACACUCACCUGUCACACACACAGCUGUCACACACACCCUUCAGAGACAUGAAGAAAGGUACUAUACACACUCACCUGACACACACACCCUUCAGAGACAUGAAGAAAGGUACUAUACACACACCUGUCACACACACACCUGUCACACACACCCUUCAGAGACAUGAAGAAAGGUACUAUACACACUCACCUGACACACACUCACCUGUCACACACACCCUUCAGAGACAUGAAGAAAGGUACUAUACACACUCACCUGUCACACACACCAUUCAAAGACAUGAAGAAAGGUACUAUACACACUCACCUGUCACACACACACCUGUCACUUACACCUGUCACACACACCUGACACACACACUUUUCAAAGACAUGAAGAAAGGUACUAUACACACUCACCUGUCACACACACACCUGUCACACACACCCUUCAGAGACAUGAAGAAAGGUACUAUACACACUCACCUGACACGCACACCCUUCAGGGACAUGAAGAAAGGUACUAUACACACUCACCUGUCACACACACACCUGUCACUUACACCUGUCACACACACCUGACACACACACCCUUCAGAGACAUGAAGAAAGGUACUAUACACACUCACCUGACACGCACACCCUUCAGAGACAUGAAGAAAGGUACUAUACACACUCACCUGACACACACUCACCUGUCACACACACCCUUCAGAGACAUGAAGAAAGGUACUAUACACACUCACCUGUCACACACACAAUUCAAAGACAUGAAGAAAGGUACUAUACACACUCACCUGUCACACACACACCUGUCACACACACACCUGUCACACACACCCUUCAGAGACAUGAAGAAAGGUACUAUACACACUCACCUGACACACACUCACCUGUCACACACACCCUUCAGAGACAUGAAGAAAGGUACUAUACACACUCACCUGUCACACACACGCCUGUCACACACACCCUUCAGAGACAUGAAGAAAGGUACUAUACACACUCACCUGACACACACACCCUUCAGAGACAUGAAGAAAGGUACUAUACACACUCACCUGACACACACACCCUUCAGAGACAUGAAGAAAGGUACUAUACACACUCACCUGACACACACACCCUUCAGAGACAUGAACAAAGGUACUAUACACACUCACCUGUCACACACACAGCUGUCACACACACCCUUCAGAGACAUGAAGAAAGGUACUAUACACACUCACCUGACACACACACCCUUCAGAGACAUGAAGAAAGGUACUAUACACACACCUGUCACACACACACCUGUCACACACACCCUUCAGGGACAUGAAGAAAGGUACUAUACACACUCACCUGACACACACUCACCUGUCACACACACCCUUCAGAGACAUGAAGAAAGGUACUAUACACACUCACCUGUCACACACACACCUGUCACUUACACCUGUCACACACACCUGACACACACACUUUUCAAAGACAUGAAGAAAGGUACCAUACACACUCACCUGUCACACACACACCCUUCAGAGACAUGAAGAAAGGUACUAUACACACUCACCUGACACGCACACCCUUCAGGGACAUGAAGAAAGGUACUAUACACACUCACCUGUCACACACACACCUGUCACUUACACCUGUCACACACACCUGACACACACACCCUUCAGAGACAUGAAGAAAGGUACUAUACACACUCACCUGACACGCACACCCUUCAGAGACAUGAAGAAAGGUACUAUACACACUCACCUGACACACACUCACCUGUCACACACACCCUUCAGAGACAUGAAGAAAGGUACUAUACACACUCACCUGUCACACACACACCUGUCACUUACACCUGUCACACACACCUGACACACACACUUUUCAAAGACAUGAAGAAAGGUACUAUACACACUCACCUGUCACACACAUGCCUGUCACAUACACCCUUCAGAGACAUGAAGAAAGGUACUAUACACACUCACCUGUCACACACACACCUUUCACACACACCCUUCAGAGACAUGAAGAAAGGUACUAUACACACUCACCUGUCACACACACACCUGUCACACACACACCUGUCACACACACCCUUCAGAGACAUGAAGAAAGGUACUAUACACACUCACCUGACACACACUCACCUGUCACACACACCCUUCAGAGACAUGAAGAAAGGUACUAUACACACUCACCUGUCACACACUCACCUGUCACACACACCCUUCAGAGACAUGAAGAAAGGUACUAUACACACUCACCUGACACACACACCCUUCAGAGACAUGAAGAAAGGUACUAUACACACUCACCUGUCACACACACACCUGUCACUUACACCUGUCACACACACCUGACACACACACUUUUCAAAGACAUGAAGAAAGGUACUAUACACACUCACCUGACACACACACCCUUCAGAGACAUGAACAAAGGUACUAUACACACUCACCUGUCACACACACAGCUGUCACACACACCCUUCAGAGACAUGAAGAAAGGUACUAUACACACUCACCUGACACACACACCCUUCAGAGACAUGAAGAAAGGUACUAUACACACUCACCUGACACACACACCCUUCAGGACAUGAAGAAAGGUACUAUACACACUCACCUGUCACACACACAGCUGUCACACACACCCUUCAGAGACAUGAACAAAGGUACUAUACACACUCACCUGUCACACACACACAGCUGUCACACACACCCUUCAGAGACAUGAAGAAAGGUACUAUACACACUCACCUGUCACACACACACCUGUCACACACACCCUUCAGAGACAUGAAGAAAGGUACUAUACACACUCACCUGUCACACACACACCUGCCACUUACACCUGUCACACACGCCUGACACACACACCCUUCAGAGACAUGAAGUAAGGUACUAUACACACUCACCUGACACACACACACCCUUCAGAGACAUGAAGAAAGGUACUAUACACACUCACCUGACACACACUCACCUGUCACACACACCCUUCAGAGACAUGAAGAAAGGUACUAUACACACUCACCUGUCACACACACACCUGUCACACACACCCUUCAGAGACAUGAAGAAAGGUACUAUACACACUCACCUGUCACACACACACCUGUCACACACACACCUGUCACACACACCCUUCAGAGACAUGAAGAAAGGUACUAUACACACUCACCUGACACACACACCCUUCAGAGACAUGAAGAAAGGUACUAUACACACUCACCUGUCACACACAUGCCUGUCACAUACACCCUUCAGAGACAUGAAGAAAGGUAC